AUGGGCGACAAUGGGCUCGGGCAGGUGAUCUCAUGGUACAUUUGCACGAUCGCCGCGGUCCCUUUCGUUGCGCUGCGCAUGUAUGCACGAUGGAAGAGGCUGGGCAAUCUGGGAAUAGAUGAUUUUCUCAUCCUCCUCUCAUUAACAUGUCUGAUUGGAGAUCUCAUCAUCCAACAGCACAUGUGGAACCUAGGACUGGGUGACAUGUCAACAGUAACACCAGAGAACUUCAAAGGAAUAAUGCAGAUGAUUAUUCCCGGAUCAACACUCUAUGUCUCAUCGCUAUGGGCUAUCAAAUUCGCCCUGGUUUUGUUCUACAAGAAUCUCGCCGCGCCGGGCUCACGACUGGUCCUUGUGUAUAACCUCGCGCUGGCUGGAUUGGCUGUUACGUACCUUGUUAUCUUCUUCGAUAUCAUGUUCCAGUGUUUUCCACACAACAAGCGAUGGUCCACUGAUCCUAACUAUCAAUGCAGUCCCAAAGCCGCCGAGAUCAACUACUGGAUCACCAUCUUCUUCAACAUCAUUACAGAUGUGAUCAUUAUUUGCCUGCCUAUAACCAUGGUUUCUCGACUGCAAAUGAAACUCAAGCAGAAGAUCGGUGUGGCCGCAAUCUUCGCCUUGGGUUUCUUCGUCGUCAUCGCUAGCAUCGUUCGAGCCUAUUACUCCAAGAAGAACGAGACAAUGCUGACGUGCACCGUCUCUAUGAUCGAGACGGCGAUUGCCAUAAUUGCUACUUGUCUUCCCGCCCUGCGCUCCAUGAUUCUCGGUACAAACAAUACCUCCAAGGACGCAUCCAACAGCUACGGUCGCCACUACGAGCUCUCGUCUGCGCGACGAAGAGCCAGCGGAAACCGCCUCAAUCCGUCCAGCCAGAUAACUGGUGGUUUACAUUCGACGCACGACACCCGGAAUCGAGCGAAUGGGUCAGAGGAUUCGUUAUUCACGGAUCCACCAUCAGAUCAGAUAAACGGCGUAGAACAGUUCGUGGGCGGUAAAGGAAUAACGGUGAACACGCAGAUCGAAACGAUGUUUGAAGACUCAAGUUCGAGGAGCAAUGUCUCUGCAGGUUCGACGAAGGCGAAAUCGCCAUUUAAUUGA